CUCAACAGUAUGAAGCCGUGCAUCUUCCGCUGACAUGAAUUCAUCAGAUAAACAUUAAAACUCAGAGUAAAAGCACUCCAGUGAAGACUGGGAGAUCGACCAGUAGAUCGCGAUCAACGGGUUGCCGACCACUGACAUAGAAGUCCUGGUUUAUACAGUUAAAGUAACAUGGAGAGCAACGUGUCCUCGUCUCUCAACGUGACCUCUGCCCCGACCCACUUCCCUCAACUCAAUACCACCGGUGACAUCAAUGCCACAGUGAAACCCUUCAGUGUGUUCGAUGGGUGCGAGGGUCAGGUGGAGGGCAUCCUCUUCGACCUGACCCUUCAGUGCAUCAAUUUCUUCAUAGGGAUCCCUGCCAACCUUCUUGUCCUUGCAGUCCUCAUCCGCAAUCGCAAAGAACCCUCCACGUCGGACAUGUUCCUCGGCUGCCUGGCCUUCAUGGAUUUCUACUUCAGCGCCAUGCCCCCCCUCCACUUCAUUAACCUUUACCACUGGCAGAGCAAGGAGAUGUGGUCCGCCCUCAAGUUCUCCUACGGCGUGAAAGACACCAGCGGCCCCUUGUUUCUGUCCUGCAUCUGCCUGGAUCGCUUUGUGGCCGUGCUCUUGCCGAUUCAGUUUGGGCAGCUCAGGCACAUCAAGUACAGGUUGAGCCUCUCAGUCCUGGUGCUCUGCCUCACCUUUGCCUAUUCGGCUGCUAAGACUGUGGGAGGCCUCCCUAACUUUGAGAAGGUAUUCACGGGUGAGAUCCUGGCAACAUUUACCUGGAUGGUUAUGUGUAACGUGAGCAUCAUGUGGGCUCUGAAAAGAUCCCGCAGUGCAGGAGAAAAUGAGAUGCACCCUAUGAACAGGAAAGCGUUCAAGAUGGUGCUGUCCAUCCUCUGUAUUAUUGUGUUCAACUACCUGCCCCCUGUGGCCCUGUUCCCCAUCGAAGACUACUACUCCCCUGAUGUGUUCCGCUGCUACGUGCAGCCCGUGGGCUUCGCCUUCCUCAACAUCAGCAGCACCAUCCAGCCGCUUGUUUACCUGGGUCGUCUGGAGAAGGUGCCUUUCCUCUCCGACGCCUGCGUUAAGAAGUGUUGCUCCCGGGUCCCUGCAGCAAAUAACAAGAUCACACCUGAGGAAAAUCUAAAUUCUAGAGAUCUGUUACAAUAAUAAACACAGAGACUGUCAUUGAUUUCAUUUCUCUAUACUUCUAUGAUUAAGUUGAACUGAAUGUGUUUUUAUGCAGGGUAGUGGUUUUAUAAGAAAAAAAUAGUAUUUAAAUAUGUUUUAAAAUAUGCUGGAAUUAUGAUAAAACGAGCGAAUACUUUUUUUAUGUCAUGCCAUAAAUUGAUUUUGUUUUCCAAAAUUAUUUUCUCUUAUUACAAUAACUUUGCUGGUUUCCAAGCUGCUCUCUCAAAUGUACGGAAAUCCUUCAAAAAUACUUGCUUGGCUUUGGCGCCACCAUGUGUACAAAACAGACGAAUCAACUGUACCAUAUUAAAUCCCUCCAGAAUAAAACAGA